AUGGGAUCCUACCACUACACCUCCACCUCGCAAUUUGUCAUCGCGGCCGUCGAUUCCAACCCCAAGCCCAGCCACAAGCCCAAGACCACCGUCCAAAUCCCCAUCACAUCCCCUCCGCCUCCGGAGGGGGCUCGGGAGGGAUCACCUGACGCGGUGGCGGCCGCCAAGAUCCAGGCGGCCUUGCGUGGGUACCUGGUCAGGCGGCACGUCGCGGCCGUGCUCGCGGCCGACGCCGAGGCGACGCGGCUCGAGCGGCUGCUCCGGCGGCAGGAGACCGUGGACGCCGUCCGCCGCGACGAGCGCGAGCGGGCCUGGUUCUCGGAGGCGCUGAUGUCCGUGCUGCUCCGCCUAGAUGCCGUGCCGAGGCACUACCCCGCCGUGCGGGACGCGCGGCGCGCCGUGAGCCGCCGCGUGGUCGGCCUGCAGGAGGUGUUCGACGCCGUUAUCGCGGCACCGGCACCCGAAGCGCAGACGUGCGGGGUACCGGCGAGCCUGGAGCUGGUUCUGGAAGGGAUCUGGGGAGUCGGAGAGGCGCCUGUUCCGGUGCCGCCGCCGGCGGCAGCGGUGGAGGAUGUAGGGAGGAGGGUCGGGCAUGGGCUUGGAGUCUUGGACACGGGGUCAGCCUGA